GCAAAGGGCGAGGUUCCUACGAAUCCUCUUUCGUUUUACAUACGAGCCCCUCCAACUCCGACGUAUUUGAGAAUUGGCCCCCCUUUUUCCCUCUUUCGGCAAUUUAUCGCAAAGAAAGGAAAGUGCAUAUUCCCCCCAUUUCACACAAUCAUUGCUCUUUGAUUCCAGCAAGAACACAGUCAAUCUUAUCACGUUUUAUUUUCUAUUUUCAAAUUAAAGUAGAAAUCUUGAGGACCCGCACACACACAUAUAUAGGUAUAUACACACACACAGUAGAUAGAGAAACUAGAGAGAGCGAGAGUUGGGUUUUCCGGUUGUAUGUUUUAGCCUUUUAGGGUCACAACCGAGUAGGAAACUGUGUGGUUGAAGAUUGAAUUUGAGGAUGACGGAGGUGAUCCUCCAUAUUUACGAUGUCACUAACAGUGGGAACGAUAAAACCAACAACACUAUUAUGCAGAUCAACAAGAUCUUCAAAGAUGGAAUUGGACUCGGAGGGAUUUUUCACAGCGCUGUUCAGAUUUAUGGAGAUGAAGAAUGGUCCUUUGGGUUUUGUGAACAAGGUACUGGUGUGUUCAGCUGUCCAUCAACAAAGAAUCCAAUGUACACAUAUCGCGAGGGCAUCAAACUUGGGAAAACAGCCUUCUCUAUCUUCAAGGUUAAUCAGAUCCUCAGGGAACUUAGUAGGGAAUGGCCGGGGCACUCAUAUGAUCUGCUUUCGAAGAAUUGUAAUCAUUUUUGUGAUGAGUUAUGUGAAAGACUUGGUGUACCAAAGCUUCCUGGUUGGGUCAACAGGUUUGCACACGCUGGAGAUGCUGCUGUUGAGAUAGCUGGAAACACUGCCUAUCGGUUUAGGCAAGCCAAAACUGAAAUAGUAACGGCCAGCAAGGUGGCUUAUCGGUUUCUAGCUGGAGUCGCAUCCAAUAACUCAAUGGUUUCCUCAGAAUCUUCUGGAAACUCGGCCAGGGGAAGUCCAAGGUUUCAAGGUUCUUGGUUCAAGAACCUCAUUUCAAAUGGCGCUAAACCAGCCAGCAGCUCAGAACUUGAAAAUGGAGAUGAAGAAGAUGCACCUCGUCAUCAGCAGCCAAAACAAGAUGAUGGGGCCCCUUUGAGAUCAAACUCUCAUCGUGACAUAUGAUAAUUCUACACAUGAUGUCCAGAUGCUUAAAACUACGUGGAAUCUAAAUGUUGUAUCUCGAAUUUGUUGUAAAAUGGUUGGUUNCUUUUUUUUUUUUUAUUUU